CACUAUUUCAACCAUAGACAAAUUAGUAAAAAAAAAUUAAAAAAAUAUAUUUUACCAAGAUGGUCGUGUUGUAGAAGCUCGUAAUCGUGCUAAAAAAUUACAAAAAGCCGAGCAUUUAUAUAGCCUGACAAGUCGGCAAAAUGUACAACGGCAUCGGCUUGACAACACCGCGAGGCUCGGGAACCAACGGCUAUGUGCAAAGAAACUGGGCAUCAGUGCGUAAAACCAAAGAUUCCGUGAACUAUCGUACUGAGGAGGAGAUAGCGAAGUUAGACUCUGCUUCCAAUAAGCAGCCAAAUCAGGAGAUCCUCGACCAUGAGAGGAAGAGAAAGAUUGAAGUGAAGUGUGCGGAGCUUGAAGACAGCUUGGAGGAGCAGGGGUUGCCGCGGGAGGAGAUAGCGGCGCGGGUGGCCGCGUUCAGGGCGAAGAUAUCGGAGACCAGCGAAAAGGACGUGCCCAAGGACGAAUUCGGCAGGGUAGCCGUGCGCGAAACGCACGCGGUGGCGGAAGCGCAGCAGGCGAAGAACGCGCGGCUGCGCGACGCGUUCGGCAUCUCGCCGCGCUUCGUGGAGGGCUCCAGCCUCGACCCGGAGCGGCGCGCGCGCGAGCACGCCCAGCGUUACCCACUCGUGCGCACGCCCAGCCAUGAGCGCGAGGAGCGCCCGCAGCCACCCAAGAAGAAAAAGAAACGAAGCACAUCGCCUGAAACAAAGAAAAUAAAGAAGAAAAAGUCGAAGAAGAACAAAAAAGAAAAGCAGGACGGCAAGAAAAAGAAGAAGCGCUCCAAAUCCCCUGACUCGGAGAGCUCCAGCUCCAGCGACACAAGCGAGUCGCACGACACCGACGACGACGACAAACGCAGGAAGAAGAAGAAAAAGUCGAGCUCAAGACGCCGUGGCAGCAGCCAGCCCUCUACUAGAGAAAGCUCGCCAGUGAAAAACAAGAAGGCUUCUAAAGAAAAGAAGUGGGAAGAGACAAACGACAGAGAAAAUGACAAUCACAGAAACAGAGAUCGCGAGGAUAGAAACAGGAAAUAUGAGAAGAGAGACGAACUGCAAAAGAAAAGAAGUGAAUCUAGAAGGAGAAAUGAAAGCUCGGAGCGUCAGGCCUCGCCACAAUACAGGCAUAAGUCCUACGUCACUAAAAUAGACAAUCGCAGAGAACCGUCAAGAGAGGGCUCAGAGAAACGAGCUCCCAAGCGCAACCGCAGAGAUCGCUCAUCCUCCAACCAGUCCCAAGAACGAGUAGACAAACCAAAGAAACGUCGCGACCACAGCGGCUCACCGACUGAGAAACGUAGACGGAAAAGCGACUCCCCUGAUAGAAACAGAGAUGACAGAAAAGAUGACUAUUCUAGAAAGGAAAAAGCACCCAAUAGACGCAGAGAAAGCCCAGAAGUCAGAGACAGGCGGCAGCGGAGCGAAUCGCCUGAUUAUAGAAAGAAAAGAAGAGAGGAACGCGAGGAGUCAUAUGGGAGAAAGGAUGAUAGAAAUGAUAAAAGAAAGAAUAAUCAUGAGCGUUUAGAAGAAGAGCCGAGAAAGAAGAAUUACGAAGAACCGCGCAGAAAUAGAGAGAGUUAUGAGGAGCCACGGAGAAACCGAGAGAGCUACGAGGACAAAAAUCUACGCAGAAAGACAUCGCCCUCUCAAAAUAAACGGUCGCCAUCACCGGAGCGAGACCGUUCACCUAAAAACAGGAACAAAGAUAGGAAGGAACCCGCAAAAUCUUACAAAAACUCGAGGCCGGAAAGGCACGCCUCAUCUUCAGAAUCUGAAGACGAACAGAAAAAGUCAAACAAAAAUAAAGAUAAAUCAAGAUAUUACAAAGAGAGAAGCCCGUCACCACAAAGGGAGCGUCGACGAAGUCCGAGCCCAGACUACAGGAGGAAACGAUCACCGUCCCCUAAGAAGGCGGAUAAGUACAAGAGCGUAGUGAAACCUGUGGAACACAAGCGCGAGCGCAGUCGGUCGAGAAGGUCACCCUCUCCUUCCUCACGCCGGAGGUCACCGACCUCUAACUCACGCCGGAGGUCACCGACUCCGAGCACGCGUCGGAGGUCACCGACCCCGAACACUCGCCGGAGGUCACCGACCCCGAACACUCGCCGGAGGUCACCGACCCCGGAGCGGAGACCAUCACCCACCCCGGACCGCCGGCGACGGCAACCAUCGCGCUCCCCCGUCAGAGAUAGACGCAGAGAGUUCAGAAAGUCCGUCGAACGAAAAUCUCCCCCCAAGACUGUAAACAGAGAUAGAGAGAAGAAGGAGAACCAUGAGCGCUCCCGAGAACGUGAGCGGCGAGAACGCAAAUCUAGAUCGCGAAAUCGCAGCCGCAGCACAUCCAGCCUCAGCUACUCGCCGGCGAGAAGAAGCCCGGAACGCUACCGUGAUAUUAUAGACCAGUUACCGGAGAAAGACAAACGUAAAUACAUCAGAGUCCCAGACAAAAAGAAAACCUCAAACGUCAAGCCCACGGCUGUUUGCUUGAGAAGUUCUUCGAGCGAAAGCGGCGAUGGCGGCGACGGCGACACGUUGCCGCCCGACGAACGUGCGAGACAAAACGAACUAGACUUGCAAGAAUUCCACGACUUGAAACUGCGAUUAGCUCAAAAAGCCAAAGCUUCCAUGGAGCGGCGACGCGACGAAGAAGCGACCACAUCCCGCUCGGAACCGCCGCUCGAAAUUAAACGCACUCCGACUCCAGAACAGAAGUCUCCUGAGAAGCCCAAAGAGAUUGUAAAGGAAGUAAAGGAGCCUGAGCCUAAAAAGGACAAAAGCCCUUUGAAUAUAGAGAGUUCUCCAGAGGAACGUAGGAAAGAAGUUCGGAAGCGAAGUGGCUCUCGCAGGAGUUGGUCACGAUCAUCCGGUUGGCGGUCGUCACGAUCAAAAUCAAGAUCGCGCGGCAAGUCGAGGUCUCAAUCUAGAUCACGCAAGUCCCGAUCGCGCGACAAGUCGAGAUCCAAGUCCAGAUCACGCGGGAAGUCGAGGUCGAAGUCGCGAUCGCGUGAUAAGUCGGGUUCGAGGAACAAGUCGCGGUCGCGUGGGAAGUCGUCGCGUUCACGAUCGAGGUCGCGGUCGCGCUCGAGGUCUUCGCGGUCCAGAUCCAGGUCCUACUCGUCGUCAAGAGGUUCCCGUUCAUCUCGCUCGAGCUCGUACAGCAGUCGGAGCUCGUCUCGGUCAUCCCGCUCCACGUCGACUCGCUCUUCAAGAACAAUGACGGGCGUGUACGCCGAUUACCGUAGAUCGGCCCCUCGGUCACCGCGAUCACCGCGGUCACCGCGGUCACCACGGUCACCACGGUCACCGCGGUCACCGCGGUCGCCGGUGGGGCGCGCGGCUCGGGAGCGGUCGCCGUCCAUCCCGCGACGCGCCGGCUCGCCGAGCUUCCUGGACCGGCGCCGCAUCACCAGAAAAAAGUCACGAAAGCAUAGCACGAGUUCCGAGGACAGCAGUAGUAGCUCCGAUUAGUUCUAGUGAAGUGACUGUGUGCUAGUGUAUUAGUCUAGUUCUAAGUUAUGUGCGUUGUAAUUAUUCCGUAUGAAAUACUUCCAAUACAUUGAUAAAUCACGAGAUGUUUUUAUUAUUAUCAGUCUUUUUUUUACACUUAUUUAGAAUACAGGCUGUGAAUACCCCAUGUUUUUGUGUUUACAUUAUGAUUUAUGAGCACGUUUUAAAGCUGAUUGAUAGAUAAUGCCUCGCCAAGUAACUAUAAAUAGUUGAUCUUUGGUGCAAAGUAUUCAAUAAAUAAACUAAUUAUUUGACGGAUCAAUUUUAAUUUUUUUGGGAAAAUUAUUCAUAAUGUAAACAUAAUUCUUAUGGACACAGAUUGUAAAUACUCUUUACAUAUUAUACAUAAUUUAUAUAUUGUGUGUGCGUUUAACCUAUGCCACAGUUGUGUAGAUUUCUUGGGCUAACAUGCGAUAUUUGUUUUAGUUGAAUUUAUAUUAAAACUGAUUGUAUGAAAUUGGGUUACAAUGAUUUUUAUAAUUAACUUGGGUGUGCUACUAAACAUUAAAAUAAGUUAACAUUAAUUGAUCAAUACUUAAAGUUAAUAUCAUUUAUACUAUAAAUCAUACUUGUUUGGUUUACAAGAUCACUGAACUGAUGGGCUUGCGAUUUCAAUUUGAAUUUAGUGUUCUCAUUUUCACUAGCUGGCGCAGCCUAGUAUUUUUUUUAAUCAAGCCAUACAGUACAGAACAGUCGAGUUCACAAACAUCUUUACACGCCAACAUUAAAAAAAAAAUAUUUACACGAACAACACAACAACACUAAGGUCAAACAAUAAGGUCGUGUAAAUAUUUUUGGAACGUUGGCUUAUAAAAAUGUACACCGACCGUACAGUCGCCAUCAGAUAUAUCAGAGCGGCCAAGAUGCUCACAAAUAUCUGAACACGCCUUUAUUAUCAAGGCAAUGGAGUGGGUAGAGUUCGUGUUCAGAUAUUUUGAGGACCUGCGCCGCUCCGAUAUAUCUGAUGGCGACUGUACAGCGUCGCCUUAAUGCCAUCUAGACAGUCACACGAGUCCUUGUCGUUUUUGUACACCUAUUAGUUCAGUAAAUGCUAAAGAAUAGUAUGAUAAACCAGUAACGAGAUUUACUCCAAUAUUCUGACAGUGCCAUAUUAAACUCAAAUAGAUGGACUAACGGUAUUAUUUUCCUCCGUAGCGCACCCGUUGUAGAUCUAACAUCAAAUAAAUACAAGUAUAGAAGAAGAUAAGAGAUAUGAACUAUUUGACGUGGAAGCCGUCGACCGCCACUACUGUAGAUGAAGUGCUAUAUUAUCGGACAUUUAUUUUGAGUGUGUUUUGUUUCAAUUGUUUUAUCUAAUUAAAGUUACUUAUCGUAUAA